AUGUCUCUCCCCCCCGAUCUGAAGGUGCUCUGUCGCCGCUUGACCUCAACACCACCCGCCCAGUUGCCUCAUUCGAUACCGGCCUUCAUCAACCACGUCCUCCGCUGCAAAGAUGUUCUCUCUGCGCCCCAGGACCAAAAGUCCAAGGACGCCGCCUCAUCCGAGACCGCGUCUCUGGUCCACAAGUUGAGGACCAUCAUUACGACUCUUCUGAAUGGCAAGAGCGCCAUGGGACGCUUCACUGGCGCAACUCUCGUCAAGGCAGUCGUUGAUGUCGGCGGAUGGGAGUGUCUCAAGGAGUCUGGUCCUUGGGUUCGCAGCCUCUUGACUAUGAUUCAGAAGAACGACCCCUUCCCAGUAAAGGAGGUUGCAAUUGUCACUCUCGUCAGGAUAUACUCUCUGAUCCACGACUACCAGACUCUUACCAGAGAAAUCGCAACACCCACCAUCCCGACCUUCUUCAACGCAUGCUUGCAGCUGAUCAAGCUCCCACCAGCUGGCCAGCGCCUCAAGACGCCCCUCGUUGUUGUCGAGACCAUCCUGGAUGCGUUCUCAACUCUCACCCCCCUGUACCCAACCACGUCACGCCCCUUCAACGGCCAGACCAGGACUGCCAUCCGGCCCUACCUGGCGCCAACUGCCUCGGAUGGAAUUACGAUCCCCCAGCCUCUGCGUCGCGCCAGCAGACAUCUGGCGCUCUCGCUCCAUUUCACCACUGCCGGCAAGACGGGACCUACUGACGACUGGAACAAGUUGGUCGAGGAGUUGAGAAAGGACUUCCACUCGAGCGCCGACCAGGUCUUCCGCGCGGUGCAGGAAUCGUGGGAAUCAUCUGCUCCGUACACCCGCUCCAAGGUUGACUUUGACGCACCCCCGGCUGGAGCCGAGGGAGCAGCCCAGUUGCCCCCUUGGACCGGAAUUUCUGCUGGCCGCGAUAGACUCGUCGGUCUUCUCGAGUACCUCACAGAUUCCCUUCGCUACACUACGAAAGCAUCCGUCACCGUGCCCGUCGGUGCCUUGUUGGACGUGGUCUCCCGAGUGUCGUUGAUCAGCCGCAAUUCCAAGUCGCAAUCCUGGGAUCAGGCCCUCGAAACGCAGGCCGCCGUUGGUAGAGAAGAGAAGGAGGAGCUGUGGGCCGUGAUGCCGGACAUUCAUGUUGCUGCGCUCGAUCUUUUGUUGGUUCUGGCCCAAAGACUCGAGAACAACUCCCUCCCCCUUGCCCCGGAAAUCUACGACAACCUCCUCCUCGUCUUUAAGUCCGGCAUCAACAUCCCCUCAGUGCGCUUCGCCGCCUACAAGCUCCUCAACGAGACCCUCCCCGUAUGCGGUCCCGGCCUGCAGAAGCUCACCGUCGAGACUCUCGGAGUCAUCAUUCUCGCCUGCUGUCGUGACAUCCAGCAGGAGACAGGCUACGUCAAGGAGACCAAGGCGGCGACCAAGAACGGAGCAGACACCAAGAAGAACGGCAUCGCAGCAAAUGCGGACCUCUUCCUCCCCUCGCAAACGUCGGAUGCCCAGUCGUCCUCAAAACCCAGCCUGUCCAAGGACCAUCUGGCCGCCGCCGAGACCCUCCUCACCAGCCUCCUUUGCCACCUGCCCCAACAGCACCUCAAGCCCGGCCUGCGCGGCCUGCUCGACCAGACCGCCAUCCUCUCCCGCAACAAGGACGCCAUGCUCGCCAGCGUCCUGAACCCCUACGUCAACCAGGCCGGCGCCAUGUACCCCAGCAUCCUCCCCUACCUGUCGCAGCAGUACCCCAACGAUAAGGGCGUCGAGAUCCUGCGCUCCAACAUCCGCACCUCGACGCAGACACCCACCCCCGCGGACGACUUCGGCGCCAACGCGACGGCGACGCUCGCGGAGCUCGAGGCCGAGGAGGCCGCCAAGGACGGCGAGGAAGAGAUCGUCUCCGAGAUCGAGGUCGCGCAGGACGAGGAGAUGAAGGACGCGUCCGCGGCGGCCGGGACCAUUGUCGUCGCCGACGAUGACGACAGCAACCCGUUCAAGACGUCCAAGGACGCCAACGCCGCGCCGGCGGAGGUCGCGAACCCUUUCGCUGUGUCGUCCGCGCAGAAGCGCAAGCUCGACGCCAGCGACGCCAGCCCGCCCAAGAGGCAGAGCGUGGAGAGGAAGGUGGAGCGGGCCGUCGUGCCCGAGCCGGUUGCUAAGCCCGAUGAGGCGGGUGACGACGACAGUGACGACGAGAGUGUCCACUUGAACAUGGAUUUAGACGACGAUGAGGAGGAGGAUGAAGAGUAG